UUCCGGGCCCAGUCAGUGCGUCGUGUGCGCGAGUCUUAUUCAGGAUCCGUAUUCGCAUCGCGGAACAGAAGAAAGGAAGAGAAAGAGAGAAUUAGAGGAACGCGUCGCUCGGAAGAGCGCUUUGUUCCGGUUUUCCAUCCGCCCGCUUCUGGUGCGCAUUUUCGUGUCCGUUUCUUUUUUCGCGCUAUUUAUCAAGGAAAAAUCGCGAAGCGAUUUUCGAGGAUCGAUCGAUAGAUCGAUCACUCGAGGAAAAAAAAGGAAAGAACGCUCAUCCCUCCCGAGGCCUCCGAGAGACGAGAGACGAAGAAGGAUCUUUUAACCGAAUCGACGCAUUGCUGCUGCGCGCAGUUUAGGGUAACCCCUCGAAAGGUUGCCGUAGGGCCGAAAAUCCAGUGUGAGGUUAGUUUCGGGUUCAACAGUCGACCACGACAGUCAGGGGGUAGCGGCAGCAACGACAUUUCGCCGAGGGACUCGACAUUGUGCUCGACAACAAACGGAAGAUUAAACGAAAAUGGCGGUAUUUGGCUUGGUCUCGGCAGUCGCCGGGUUCGUCAAGGUACGAUAUUUGAUCGACAAGGCUGUUAUCGACAACAUGGUCUUCAGAAUGCAUUAUAGGAUCACAUCGGCCAUUCUGUUUCUUUGCUGCAUUAUCGUUACGGCCAAUAAUUUGAUAGGCGAUCCCAUCAACUGCAUAUCGGAAACAUCCUCCAUCCAUGUGAUCAACACGUAUUGCUGGAUCACGUACACGUUCACGCUGCCAGGAAACCUCGACAAGUCCGUGGGUACCGAAGUGGCCCAUCCGGGUCUGGGUGGCGAUUACGGGGAGAAAAGGUACCACUCGUACUAUCAGUGGGUGCCGUUCAUGCUGUUCUUCCAGGGUGUACUGUUCUAUUUACCACAUUGGAUGUGGAAGCAAUGGGAGGAAGGUAAAAUCAGGAUGAUAUCCGAAGGCUUGAGAGGUGCUAUGAUCGACUCUAAGCAGGAACGUCAAGCUAAGACCGAAAGACUGGUUCAAUAUCUCAUGGAGACCAUGCACUUGCAUAACAGCUACGCUGCUGGAUAUUUCUUUUGCGAGCUCCUCAACUUUAUCAAUACCGUUGGUAACAUCUUCUUCGUAGACACGUUUCUGGGCGGCGCUUUUCUUACAUAUGGUACGGAAGUGUUGAAGUUUAGCAACAUGAAUCAGGAGCAACGUACUGACCCGAUGAUCGCAGUAUUCCCACGCAUAACUAAGUGUACUUUUCACAAGUUUGGUGCCUCUGGUACGAUCCAGAAAUUGGACGCGCUCUGCGUGCUCGCGCUCAAUAUUCUCAACGAGAAAAUCUACAUCUUUCUGUGGUUCUGGUUUAUCAUAUUGGCUGUCUUUUCCGGCUUGGCGAUGCUAUACAGCAUGGCCAUAGUGUUGAUGCCCAGCACACGCGAAGCGAUUAUCAAGAAGCGCUUCAAAUUUGGCACAUCAACUACAGUUAGCACGCUCAUCCGAAAAACUCAGGUUGGCGACUUCUUAAUGCUUCAUUUGCUGGGUCAGAAUCUGAAUCUCAUGACGUUCAACGAAGUGCUAGAAGAAAUGUGCCGUCGUAUACAAUUCGGUAAUGAUGCAUCACCAACAUCAGUACCUUCGGCACCCAGCACUCUCGAAAUGUCGCCAAUGUACCCCGAAAUCGAGAAAUUCAGCAAGGACACUGAGAUCUAAAUGCUAGAAGAAACUCGGCCGUCGUCGCUAUUUUCCACUGCCCUUCUCCUUCUUUUACUUGUUCGUAUUGUGAUAAUAUCGAGGGCGGUUUUGCAAUACCGUCAUCUCGGUGCCAAUAAAGAGACAGGUUCGUGCCGCGCUGUCGACUACAUUAUCGCACGAGGAGCUAUGUAAAACCAUACGCUCAUCGGACAUCUCCCUGCUGCCCAUCGGGGUUCAUGUUUAACGUAGCUUUACUGUCACACGACACUCGUAAAACGUAAGCUCAGCAUUAAAAAAGUCUUGAUACUUGUUUCCUGUCAACGAGAGUGAGUUUCACUCAUUAUCGCGUCCUUGUUAAAACACGAGGCGAUCCUUGACGUUUAUGUUCAAUGAAACUUUCAAUUGGAAAUUUCUGAAAACUGCAUCUUGCAAAGUGUAUGAUCUUUAUUUUCUCUGUUUAAUCACUUUUCAUUCAAAAUUAUUAUGCAAUUUAUUUCCAAUUGGAUUGGAUUCAUCGACAAUUUCAUUGUAUUCGCUCGUGUAUGAAAUAAUACAUCAAUAAAUUUAUACAAAUUAAUGCGCGAAUCUCGGUAAUUUCUUCAUUGAAACUUUUGUCAUUACAAGAUGUUCAUUUAUGAUUGUUAUAUUGCUAUUACGCAAUUCGAAUAUCUGAGUUUGGAUUGGAGAAACAACAUGAACGUAGCCUUCGUCAUCUCCUUAUUCAGCUUACAAUCGUUGCGAGAUUUUCAUGUACAUAAAAACAAAGUUAGAACGCGUAAAAUCGCACGAGCCAACAAGGCUCUUUGCCGAUUAGUUCUCCAAUGA